AUGCUCAAAUGUUGCAUGUUCAUCUCCAUGGAAACUGCCUCUUAUGUGGAGCAACGUGUCACAUGUUGAUGCUCGUCUCCUCAUCUCAGAGGGAGACUGGGAGCAAAAACCAGAUUCAGGUUUCAGUUGUUCGAGUCCAGUGUUGGCCAAAGAGCGCAUCUUUAGCGCACAUUUCCACGCGACUUUCUGUGCGUACAGACUUUUAUGAAUGAGGCCCGGAACUGCCGGAAGGAGGACACCGCUGCGCUGACGGCCGCUCGCCAGCAGGGGGAGCUCCCUCGCCUGUGUCAAUCGGACAAAGCUCGUCUGUAGGAUGAUGACUCACUACGCUGGAUUAGUCGGGGUGUUCACGUUUCAUAUGCUGGACAUCUAGGCUCAUCGAAAGCUGCUGUCCUCAUUAUUCACGGAACCUUCUCCUACUUGCUGUUUCUUAUUUCGAUCAGGUGUGUUUCGUUAGUCAGAAACCGGACUCACCUGAUCCAGUUCAUCGGGGGGAAAAGUUCAUUUAGAUUCGACUUCCUCACACAUGCGCACAAGUGCCUACCUUGAUAAAGUUCACUGCUUUUUGUCUGAUAGGAAUAUAGAAACAAACAUUUGAUGGCAUUAUUUGCAGUCUGUAUAACCAAACAUACGUUGAGUCUGCAUUAUUUCUGUGGAUUUCUCCAGUCCCUGGUGAUAAGAGGCCAGCUUCCUUUUGAAGACUGGAUUUGUCAAUCCGUCAAAAGUAAAUCUGGAAAUCUAAUCGAUAACCCGGGAAAUGCUGACAUGGUUCUGGGUUUUGAGGUUGAGAGGGAGUCCGCUCGGUCAGUUCUUUGAAAAUGGCCACGGAGUGAGCCCUCUUCGUUAGCAGCCCCUCUUUGGUGAAAAUCAUUCCACUACGUCAAGUCGUCCCGUCCGCUCGGGGAAGAUGUCUGCGACGGGUACAGGCGGCUGUGGACCGGGACCCGGACCCGCCUCGGGAACUGGGUCCGGUGCCUCAAACCCCCGAAAAUUUAGCGAGAAGAUAGCGCUUCACACCCAACGGCAGGCGGAGGAAACAGCCGCCUUCCAGGAGGUCAUGAUGGACAUCACUUCGACCAGGCUGCAGGCCCAGAAGCUCCGCCUGGCCCGGACCCAGGGUCCGUACUACGGCGGCUCCUUACCCAACGUCAACCAGAUCGGCAGGAACCCUCAGGACUUCCAGGUCUCCUUCCCGUCCGCUCUGGAGUCCAGCAGGUCUACUCGGCACCACGGCCUGGUGGAGCGGGUCCAGAGGGACCGCCGCUUCAUGUCUCCUGUCCGACCCUACAGGAACCGCCAAGUGGACAACUCCCUCUACAACAACGCCUACCUGUCGCCCCCACCCGACGCCAGCUGGAGAAGGAAUUGGUCUGGAAACUUCCCCGGGGAUAAAGGCCAGUUUCGUCUCCCCACCACUGCACUCAACAGGACCAACUCGGAUUCGGCCCUCCACACCAGCGUGAUGAACCCCCCUGCUGGAGACCCCUUCGCCAUGGGUGGGCCGGCCCUCACCCCCCAGAGCAGCAGGCGCAGCGGUCAGAGCGAUGGGGAGGGCAGGAGAAUGUUCCCGUAUCCGGUUCCUCCCAUAGAAGAGAACGUUCAGGACGAGGUGAAGCUGCUCAAACCCUGGGAGACCAAGAAGCUGUCGUUGCUGUCGUCUCGACCCAAGUCCUGUGAGGUCCCCGGCAUCAAUGUCUUCACGUCUCCGGAGCAGCCCGCCACGCCGUCUCACAGCCUCCCUUCCGCCCUGAACACCGGCGGCUCGCUGCCCGACCUGUCCAGCCUCCACUUCCCCUCCCCCCUCCCCACGCCGCUGGACCUGGACGAGCCCGGCUUCUCGGGGACCUCCUCCCUGAGCGGGGGCAGCAGCACGGGGAACCUGGCCUCCACCCUCACCCAGCUGGGCAUCAAUGCCGCCAAUGCUCCAGGAGGCAACGGCAGCUUCCACCACGCCGCAUCGGGGCUUCUGUCGUCCCUGCAGAGCUCGCCCAGUAACCCCUCCCUCCAGUCGUCGCUAAGCAACCCCAACAUCCAGGCGUCUCUCAGCAGCCACUCUUUUUCCAACUCCCUGAGCUCCGCCUCUCUGCACUCAUCGCUCAGCAACCCUUCACUGCAAUCAUCUCUUAGCUCCUCCCCCUCCCUGCCAUCCUCCCUCAGCAGCCAAUCGUUGCAUUCAUCUCUCAGUAACUCCUCCCUCCAGUCGGCGUCUGGCAGCAACCCCAACUACAGCGGCGGGGUGGGCGGGUCUGGGACAGGCUCCUCCUUCUCCCAGACAUCCCACAGCUCAUCACCACGGAAACGAGCCCAGCUGUCCCCACUGAUCCUGCCAAUGGGGGCGGAGUCACGGAGGCAUCAUUCCAAGCAGUUCUCUCCCAUCAUGUCCCCCACGCUGUCAUCCAUCACACAGGGCGUUCCGUUGGACACCAGCAAGUUCCUUCUGGAUCAGUCCCUCCCCCCGUACCCGCUCAGCCAGUCCCACCAGCAGCACUCGGGUCUGUCGGGUCCCCAUCCGCCCCAGCAGCCGCCCCAAAUGGGUCAGCACCACCAGCAGCAUCUGCACCGCCUCCCCCAUCCCCGGCCUGGCGCGCAGCAGGUCCAGAACCUUCAGAACUUUCGCAACCAGCACCUGCAGCACUUUGGAGGGAACCAGGCGGCGUUGGGAUCACAAGUCAAGGCGGAGAGCAUGCUGGACCCAUGCGUUCAGACCCCCUCCCCCUCUGUGGGCCCCGUCAAGCCGGAGGCGGAGCCACAGUACCAGCAGGGCGGCGAGGCCCCCGACCUGUACAACGACGCCCUGUUCAACUCCCUGAUGGACGACCCGUACCUGAGCCUGCAGAUCAGCAAGUCCCGUCAACAGUUCUUAGCAGAGCACCAGGGGGACGGGCUGUCCCUGCACCACGGCGCCCUGAGCUGCGACAAGAACCAGCUGUCCUCCAACAGCCAGGGGGCGCUGGAGCAGCAGGACUCCGGGAACCAGCAGCUGCUCAACAACCAGAACCAGAACUACAGCUGCGACGAGGGACGGCACAACGUGCCCAACAUCAUCCUCACAGGAGACUCUCCCACCGGUCUGUCUAAGGAGAUCGCCAGCGCGCUGUCCAACGUUCCCGGCUUUGAGAUCGACUCCUUUUCUUUGGACGAGCAGCUCCGGAUGGACCCGCUGACUCUGGACAUGCUGGAGAGCGACCUGAUGCUCGCCGACCCCGCCGUGGAGGACUCGUUCCGCUCCGACCGGCUCAAGUGACGCCACAGGCGCGCCGGGAGCUCCACGAGGAUCGACCUACCCGCCUGUACGAAAGAAAGAGAGCGCCAAGCCCCCCCCCAUCUGCAGAGGACCUGUCUGAUGGACUGGAGGGGCGGAGCUUCUCCUUCUGAGGCUGAAUGCUCUGAUAACGCUUGAAUCCAGCGAUGCCGGAUGCUUGUCUGUCUGCGUCUGCUUUUACGACGUCUGCUUCACAGAAACCAGCAGUGCUUUUAGGAGCUUCUCCAGCUUUAUGCAUGCUGAUGUGCACCUAGCCUCUCAUGGCUCCGCCCCUGGGGGCGGGGCCUCGCUCUGCUGCAUCAGAAACAGGAAGUCAGCCAUCCCUAAAGCCAGGCUUGUUUCCCACUGUGAUUCCCCGCCUUUCUUCUUAUAUGCAGCAAACGGAGGGAAAGCUUUACGGCGAGGAGGCGGGGAAACGCCGCCCCCCCGCUGGCUCCUGCAGGAAGUGCCAUUGCGGCGGAGCUCAGCCGGAAGAGCUGCACCAACCUGUGGACUCGGUUUUAUGCAGAAAUGAACUCUGGGCUGAAACCGUUCCGUGUCCUUUGACCUGCAGAGAGCGGCGCACUGAAGCCACGCCCCCUGCUUGCCAGUCAUUCCCAUUCACACCAUUGGCCACAAAGAAACAUUCACAGGUGUCAUCAAAUCUGAGUCUGGAUGUGCCCUCUACAAGGUGGGCGGAGCCUUUCCCUCACUGCGGCGCAGCUCUGACCACAUGAGACACUCGUACAACCACCCAAUCCCUGUUUAAGCCCCGCCCACUCAGGUUGCAUACGUUCAAACAGAUUAGAAGCUUUGAUCUCAACUUUCAGUUUCUCCUGACAAGAUGAUUGGUUCUGGAGGUUCUGUUGGGAAAAGGCGCAGCUGUCUGAAGUAUCAUGAUGGUUCGUCUCUAAACUUUGAAGAUUGGGCCAAAGGGUUAUACCUGAAACUCCGCCCAUCUACGUGAUUGACAGCUUCCUGCUCAGGUCACCUGAGGUUCUUCAGCCUUUUGGAUUCUUCUGCAGGAAAAAACCCAAUUCAGACCAGAAUCAAACCAACCAAUCCAGGUUCUCCCUGGUUCUGGGUUUAUCGGUUCAGCCCAACACCAAACGGAACCGGCGACUGCUGCCCCCCGCAGGUCGGUGGGGAUCCUGCAGCCUCUCUGAGCAGCACCAGAACCAGACAAGCCCGUUUCAAUGAAGCCUAGUGUUUGAACGGAGCGGGGAGACGGGUACGGCGCCCCCUGCAGGGCUGCUCCUCUGUACGCCGCUUGAACGUUUCCUGUUUCCAUCCUCCUGAGUUCAGAAGAAAUUCCCAUCACAAACUGAUCGGCUGAUCAAGAACAAACAGAUGUCAGUGAACGCACCUUUACUCUUCAAAACCCCACAAUGCACUCUGAUCUCGCCCUCUCUACUGUGUGUGUGAGUGUGUGUGCGCGCGCGUGUGUGUGUGUCAUGUUGCUGCUGUUACCCAUCAAGCCUGUUGUAAGCUGAUGUGCAGUUCCAGACUUUGCCUGUAGGGGGAGAUGCUGUGCGUGCAAACGUUAGGGAUCAGUUAAAGGCCAUAUUUCUUAUAUUUUCAUAUUUUUUAUUGAUGUAUAAUAAGUUGUCACAAUAUUAAUGUCCGUUGUUUAUUUGUUCUAUGAAAACUGAACCUUAAAAAAUGACCGUAAGUUUUGUUUUUGUCCGGAUGUUCGUGUGAUAACCAGGGAAUGUGCAGAAAGUUGUACAUAUUCGUGUUUUUAAAGCUGAGCUGCUUCUGCAGCCGCCGAAGAGAUUUUUAAAGAGACUGUAUCUCCACAAUAUUUUACACAAAAUAAACCUGUGAAACCUGAACGCA